UGUUACACUCUACUUUCACUGGCGCAACACCAAAACGAGUAUAACGACGAUAGCUUUCGACCGACCGCGUUCGCGACUCGGGACAGUGUGAUAAACUCGCGCGCGUGCACGUCGCAAAUAUAAUUUUUAGUCGGUAACAUUCGCGCGGGCGUCGUUUACGCCGUCGUCGCAGUCUUCGGGAAAAAUCUCGUGUGGUGACCGGAAAUCGCGUCGAUUUCACGUACAGCGAAAACCGUCGACGCAGACGGAUAUCCUCCACCGCCGGCGACACGAUGAACACGUCCGCCCUCGUCUGGUUCGCCCUGUGCUGUUGCUCGUCGUUGGCCGUCCCGUUGCCCGACCGACGGCUACGGCAGACCGACCGGAACGCCACCGACGCCGCAGCAUCCGUCGCGGAGACGGACCAACCGUUCGAUCCGUCGCUGGACGCCUUGGCGGACGCCAAGUACGACGACGACAACGACGGCAGCGACGCCGUCACCGACGACAGGGCGAAGAGACAGUUGUCCUUCGUCCAGGGCAAGCUGUUGAAUUUUUUGAAACCGUUGCCGGUGGUCGAUGUGACUAGAGAAGAAGAUAAAUACGGCAACGAUGGUGACAAAUUUAACAGGAUCGGACGCGGUGUAAUCGGCGGCGUGGAAACUGUUUCCAAUAUGCUGACCUCGGCGCUUUCGUUUCCAGUGGAUACGGCGAAAAAGUUAUCCAGAACAGCUACAGAAAUGUUAAACAAUUUAGGUGGAAGAUUAAUAGGACUGCAAUGAUAACGCAAAUCGGUUAUAAUCAGUGUGCAAUAAAUAUUAUGUAUUAUGUGUUUAGUAUUAACUUCUAGGUCACAAUUUUUAAUAUUAUGUUAUUUCGUGUAUAUUAAAUCAUUUUUAACGUUUUUUUAAACUAAUUAUUCACCAUAAAUUAAAAUAAAUGAUUUUUUUAUGGCGGUGAUUAAUGCAGUUUAACGAUGCAUAAUAUAUUAAAUUCAGUUUUUGUACAUAUUUUUUUUUUGCAUUUUUGAAUUGUUUCUUAUUUAGAAACAUACUUUAUAUAUUUUGUAAUACAUUUGGCUUAAAAAAAAUAUACAUAAUAUAAGUAAUAUUUUUUUAAA